AUGGUGAAAAUUGAGCCUACAUUGGAGGCCGGUGCUGAGCUUAUGAAGGUUAUCGUUAUCGCCUUCAGUGGGGUUGCCGUGUGUGCAAAUGCUGCUAAGGAGCAACCGCAAAAGAUCGUGGAAAUUGAUCAUCUCAGUAUGCGCAUUACCUCCGUGUACAGUUCUGCGGGUAUUCUCUGUCGCAAGAACGUUGCCAUUGUUUUUGACGGCGUAUCCUCGUUGUUUUUUGAUGAGGAUGCAUUGCGGUCUCUCACAAGGUGCGCCGUGAGCCAUGGGAUCAUGAAAGAGGUUCCUGAGUAUUGCCGUCCGUUUUAUAAGCUGCGUUCAUUGAGUUCACGUUGGUCCUACGCCAAGAGUUGUGUCUUCGCUUUUAUACGGGACAGGAGGAGGCGUUACAACUUUAAUUCGUCGCACCUUCACUUCUACGCCGAAGCCCGCACGUCGUAUCUUGCGCUCUUGGAUUACUGCCAUCGCACACGGGACAUUGCGGAAAAGAGGGAGCAAUUGGCCGACAUUGAGGGUGAUAUUCGCUAUCGUGAUGUGGUGUUAUUUUUGAGGCGCAAGGUUCAAGAGAGAUACUCCACGACGGUACUUGCUGGCAGUACAGGGGCGGGUGUGACACCGCCGCCGACGCAGCCUUCAGAUGCUCGUCAAUUCGUUGUUGUCUCGUCUCUUCACGUGGACGCGAAAAUUACGUGCGUGCGGUUGCCUGCUGAAACAACGGUGUGGCUGCGUGAUGUCGCGUUUGUGAAGCGCCGCGGGGAGUCCAAUUUUUCGGUUGGGAAUGUCACAUUGGUUGCGGGGGGAAAGUCUCAGCUGCUACGGGCGCCGGAUUCCGGGGAACCGUUUUUUUCUCUUCAGCAAACCGAAAGCAAUGGCAUGACUUUUGUCAGGACGACGUUAGAAGCAUUGCGUUUUAUCACCACAUCUAAUUGGAUGCUGCAAUUGGUUCAGCCUAUCAUGGUUGCCAUGCCACACGUUCUGCGGGCGAUUCCAGAAACAAAUUGUAAUGCACCGGAGACUAAAUUGAGUAAUCGAUGUGAAAAAACCACAAGUUUUGUUUUCCCAUUGAUAGAUUUUCAUGUGGAUGAUUUGCGGUUGCAUUUGAAGCAACUAUCCCUGACGCAUAUAGAGCGAACAUCCGGUGACUCACGUGUGGGUCUUUUGAUGAAGGAAUUGUCUGUGCGUUUUGGCGAGGAAACGGACGUGCUAUCACCCAUGAAGGUGGAAAUGACUGAAGAGGAGGAUAUCUUGGUGUCUGCGGUGACGUUAAAUGUAUCGAAUGCGCUGUGGGAGUAUUUGUGCCACGUUCGAACUGAGUGGAACGAUGCCCUACUACGGGUUAGUAACAUGCCAGGCUUUGUAUCAAGAGUGCAGUCAACAACGGGUAACACACAGAUAAAAAAGUCUUUCGCAGAGGUGUGUUGUGAGGCUGAAUUAAAAGAGGAGUUUAAUUCCGCGCUAAAAUUACAGCGGACAUAUCUCUUGGCUGUCGUUAUUACUUUUGAACCCUUAAAUCUCCGCAUGCAGCUGGGAACUAUGAAUACGUGGAGAGGGGCACAAACGUGUGGUUUUCCUUUGGUGCAUGCGAACAUAUCAUCGUUUGAGUUUUCAACAGAUCAUGUGGAAGGAGGUGUAUUGACGAUGACGUGCCCUAGCGGCAUUUUAUACUCAAAAACAAGUUCAACAAGUGACGCUUCACGUGUGAAUGUGUCGAUAGGGGUACUGGAAUCAGUAUGGAAGGCGUCUUCCACAAGAAAUUUAUUGCAUAUUGAUGCUAUGCAAUUCCAUGUAUAUGGCGAUGCGACGCACUGCUCCGAUGGAACGCUUCGGUUCUUGGAUGCUCUGACAUUUGCCCCAAUGAAGUGCUUUUACUGCCGCCAGUUAAGUUCAAUUCCAACAACCGCACGACCGUAUCUUGCGUCCUCUUUGCAGGUCCCAGUGUGUCUUGCGGAGGUCUGUAUGCAACGACUCAUUUUUUUGGAAUUGGAUUUGUUGGGAACUUUGAUAAAAAGUUACGCCACCUUUUUUGUGAACAACCUUGUGCCUACAGAAGCCUACCGACUGUUUUUUAGUGGUUUUAGCAAUUUGGCCUUCGUCAUGUACGCUUCUUCUUGUGCAGUUAAGUUUGGCGGAGAUGAAGCUUUAAUGUGCCGA